AAGUGCAUCAGAUUAAUAAUCCAAAGAUUCACCAGCUGAACAUCCGAAGCUGAUAGUUUACGAGUGAAAUCAAACCGUCGGCGUCUGGAAGCUUCUGGUUCUUCAGGGUUUUUAUGUUUCCUUCUCAGGGCACCGCUAGCUAAAAUGUUAGCCCUGCUAACGCUGAAGCACUAAUCAUAAACAUUAGCUCUGCUAGUGCUAAAACUCUGCAGGCCCAUGCUAAAGCGCUACACCACAGACUUAUUCAGCUGAAAGUAAAUUAACUCUUUAGGAUUUAUCUGAGCUAAAUGUUUCCGACGUUAGCAGAAAAUGCUAACCCAAACAUGCGCUUCUCUGUUAGCGGCUCAGUAGAGCUGACGUCGCUGAACCAAUGACUUUAUUAAAUUGAAUAAAGUGAAUGUGACGCUCGGGUUGCAACCUGAAGCUGCUGUCUGAUGUUGGGGGGGAACCGGUGCCCUUUGACCCCGCCGUGCCCAGGGGCCCCGGAGCAUUGUGCCAGCCGGGCCCCGGGCCCCGCCCUGCGGCGAGCAGCAUGGGACCCCGGAGUCCUCGCCUCCGUCCGUCACACUAUCGCUGUCCUUUCCGCCCCAUUGUUUGUGUCCAGCAGCUUCCGCGAUGCCCUGCGACCCUCUGGAAGAAAACAGGCUGUGCGAGCGCCGCCGGGGCUGCUGGGUAUUUAUGGAAGCAACCGCCACUGAAUCACUUCCCACUUCACCCUGCAGCAGCGUCUCUCUGUGUGUGUGACUUUCCUUUAAAAGUCUGUUUGCCCCCUCAGAAGUGGUUUCUAUUCCUGGCUGCAGCCGCGCGUCCUGAGCUGGUGAGACUGGAAACCAGCAACGUGAACAACAUCCGCUCCCAGUCCACCUCCAGGGUGUUUACCGCUUCAGAGGCCGCUGCUCUCAUUCAUCCGGGCCCAACCCGACUGCAGCGCUACCAGCUAGCUAGCAUCCAAACCUGCUGCAUGCUAGCUGGCAGCCGCUGGGCUCCAUCAUUUAUAAAUACAGAAAAUAUGGUUUAAAAAAUGUAAUCAUGAGAAUUAGCAGAUUAAUGACCCAAUACUUGCAGAAGAAAGUCGUAAAAUUACGAGAAAAAAGUUUUUCCAAUGAGAAAAGUUUCAGCAUCUGACGUUUGUGGUUCUUUGAAACAAUCGUUUCAGAAUUUAUGUGUUUAAAAGUUAAGUAUUUCCUUAAUUGUAAAACAAAUACCCAGUGGCACAUUUCUGCUAACAACUGCUAGCAGCAGAGCUAAUUCUUAGCGUAGCGCUGCAUCAGUUAGCACACUUAGCUUUCCCUAAAUUUAAACUCUAGAAUUUGGCUGUUUUGCAAACCUCCAGAUGAAUACAGCUCAGUAUCAGCUCUUCAAACAGUUUGAUGCUCGUGCUCUUAUUUUGAAGCAGUUUUGUUAGAUUGAAAAACUUGUAUUGGUCUUAAAUUUGCAAGAUGAGAGUUUGAAAAUGGCCAAAACUUUUUUUUUUUUGUCUGGCCGAAUGAAGGUUGAAGUUCAGACACGUAAUUAUUAACGUCGCCUGUUGCAGUUUGCAGGCCAAAAUAAAAACUCAUCCGUGGAAGCCAUCGACGCGUUUCCUGUACGUUGUAGAUAAAUAAUGUAGAUCUCUGGCCUCCUGGAUGAAGAGUUUUCAGUUUUCACACUAAAGCUCGGCGUUCGGACGGUUCAGGCUGGUGUUCCUUAAACUGCUUUGGUUAAAGUGGAUGCUGUUGCUGUUCUGUGACACUUAACCAGUUGGUGGUCAAUCCUCACUUCUCAGACAUUUUCCUUCACACCAGAAGGUUCAUGACAGUUUUACAGAGAUUCAGGAUCUAGAAGCCACUUGGCAUCGGCUGCUGUGAUCCAUUCAGACCCAUCAUGCUGGUCCUGUUGGCUCAGUGACUCUGACUGAUUGGCAUAAGAUGCUUCAGCUUUGAUCAGGCUGAACGUUUCUCCGCCCACCUCGUCUCUGAGUGACGGUGUAAAAGCCUCAUGAUGGAUGUUCAGGUUGACAGAAAGGGCUUAAACCAGCGACGCGCCUCACCUGAUUUAAUCAUUAACGUGUUUCCUAGGAACCACUGCGGUGUCGCUAGGAUGGUCUCUGCAGCCGCCCAGCGUCUGUUAAUGUUUGCAGACUUUAUGGCUCUUUGUCCCGCCGGCGUUCGGACUGUGAGAUCAUGACGGUUUAUGACUGAUCCAACGAUCUGCGCGGCGUUCCACCGUGUUUCAUGGUGUUCCCAUCCCAGUCCCCCCACCCCCAGCGCCAUCAUGCCUAUCCUCAAGAACCUCCCUGUGCUCCUGAAAGGCGGUGGUCCAGUUCUAGACAACGCCUUGUUCUUCCGCAGGAUGAGUCUCAACAUCACUCCCCACCACAACCCCUUCGAACACGAGGAUGACAAUAUCCAUGGCAACGGCGGCCAUGAAAGCCACUGGUCGCCUGGGAGCUCGCUGUUGGACGGCGACACGCCGAGGGACCGCAACCCAUUUGAGGACGAGGAGGACGAGAACGAGGCCAACGAAGGCAAGAAGGGAAACGGCAGUGGAGGGUCAGUGAAGGGUUCGUUCAAGUUUAAGUCGCCGCUGAAGAGUCUCGGAAAGCUCGGGAAGAACCUGAGGAUGUCGGGAAAGAGCAAAGAUGGCGACACGCCGUCCCCACAAGGGUCACUGCAGGGAACGCCGUCGCCUUCACAGAAGAAGAAGAGAGGCAGGAGGAGCUCAGAGGGCAGUCUGCUCAGAUUCGCAGGAAAAUACCGCGACUCCCUGAGCUCCCGCAAGGAAUCCUUCACCAACGGCGAGCUGAACUGCUCGGAGAGCGACUGCGACUCCGUCAGCCGGCGCCUGACCUUCAUGAAGAUGGUGGGUCUGGGGAAGCUGAAGAGGGAGUCCAUCACCGACCGAAUGUCCCAGGGCCCCGAGGACCAGCCGGUGCAGGAGGAGGUGGUGGAGGAGGAGGUCAAACCCAGAGAGCCUCUGUCAGUCCUGGAGAUCCUGCAGCUGGUGAAGAAGCGCGACCUCUUCCUGGCCGACGCCCACAUCCUGGAGCUGGAGCAGGAGUGCAACGCCGCCGAGCCCGAGGACGCCGCCGGCCCGGCCGUCAAAGAUGGCGGCCGCAGGAAGGCGAAAGACGUGGAGCUGCUGUACGAGGAGCUGCAGAAGGAGCUGUGGGCCGUGGUCAGGGAGUCGCUCCGGGCCCCGACGGCGGGGCCCAACCUGGGGCUGGUGGUGCAGGUGCUACAGCAGGAAGAGGAAGCAGAUAAAGCCUGGGCCCUCAGUGAGGCGGCGGCCCCCGGGGGCCCAAGGCCUCGCCGCCUCAAGCAGAGGUGGAGGGAGGCGGUGGAGGAGGCGGCCGACUCCUCGCUGCCCCAGAGGGCAGAGUUCACAGCCGGAGAGCUGGACAAGUACCUGGACCGGCUCCGCACCAGGGCGGUGGAGGACCUGGGGGCGGCCAAGAGGAACGUCGUCUCCAUCUACCCCGAAGACUUCCAGGCCUUCCAGGUGUAUGUGGAGAGCUACCACCAGGCGGUCGCCAGGCGCCUGAAGGUCAUCACCGACAACCAGCUGGAGAUCACAGACAUCUACUCUCUGCUGGACUGGCUGUACAACAUCUACAGCAGAGAUGUUCUGGGGACGGUGUGCAUCACCAGUCCGUUUAACCGCUCCCAGCUGAGUCCUCUGCUGCCUGCAGAGACGGUGGACCGACUGGAGCUGGACUGCCUCAACUCUGUCCGGGCGAAGGUGACCACUGAGCUGAGUCAGGUUCUGGAGGACGAGGAGAAACGGUGGAUGGAGACGCUGCACGUCGAAGAGUACCACAUCACGCUGGCUAAAACCGUCAUCCAGAGGCUGCAGGUAGAUCUGGAGCGGUCAGCGUCCAUCAACAGGAGUCUGGGCUCCCGGGUGGCUCAGUGCAGCCUGAACGGACUGGCAGACUUCCUGUACAGCUUCCAGCGUAAAGUGGAGAUGUUCCAUGAAGGGAUGCAGAGUGGCAUGUUUGGAGACAACGAUGAUGGAUACGUGUCCAAAACCAUCGCCAUGGUCAACUGCUGCCCCCCUUUCCGAGGCUUUGUGCAGCGCUGUGCACAGUGUGACCCGUCAGUCAGUGAGGACUCCCUGCGGCGAGCCAACAAGUCUCUGGACCACAUCGUCCAGCAGGGCAUCAGGGUUCUGUCUGAGCGACUCUACCUGCACAUCAGGCUGUUCUUUGAGCGCCUGGUGAAGAGGAAGUGGCUGACCAACGCGGAGCCGUACGAUCAGAUUGAAGCCGCCAUCAAGGAGGAUUUUAAGAAAUAUCGCAGGAUGGACAAUCCUCCCUAUCAGCUGCUGGUGGCUGAAGUCCACCGGCGGGUGGUGAUGGAGUACCUCCGCUCCGUCAUGAGGGGCCGGAUCAUCUGCACCUCCAUGAAGAUGAGGAAGAGGAUGGCCGGCCGGCUCCGAGACGAAGGGAGGCAGAUCAAAGCGCUCUUCAAAGACCUGGAGUCUCCGUCCAGCUGGUUGGACGGCGCGCUGUCCCACGUCUCAGAGCUCAUCCAGCUGGAGGACGUCCCGUCCAUCCAGAUGGAGAUGGGAGUCCUGGUCAGGGAGUUUCCAGACGUCAGGAAGAAGCACGUGUCGGCCAUCUUGAACAUCCGCGGGAUGACCCGGCAGGCGGAGCGCCAGGAGAUCCUGAACAUCGUCAAAGACAUCGAGAGCGACGGCGGACCGGGCCCGCUGUCCCGGGACCGGGCCCUGUUCGCCGAGGUUCCGGUCACCUCCGAGGUCCACUGCCUGAACGUGGGCCUGAGCCGGAUCGCCCUGACCGCCUCGUCCUGCGUCAGCGCGCUCAGACCGCGCCGCCGCAAAACCAGAACCGCCACGCAGGAGAACCCGGACGACGCUCUGUAACCGGGCCCAGAACCAGCAGAACCAGCAGAACUCUCACUUUUAUUAUCAACUCCGAUCUGCUGGUCCAGAUGGUCGGAACCGGAGCUGGAGUUGAUGCUGCUUCUGGACCCUGGUCCUGUUCUGGUUCUGACUGAACCGGACGUUUUGUUUCACAAAGCCUCUGAGGUUCUGACCCAGACCGGACCAGAUCGGACUUCCUUCAGGAUCAGAACUAACCCGACCCGGUUAAAGAUGAGAACCAGAGGCCGGUUGGAGCUGGAAACCAGAAUCAGUGCCAGCAGGACCAGUUGGACCUGCUGGUCGUCCAGCAGAACCUCUGAAAAAGAAGCACUUUAUCUGGAACCAGAACCAGGAGAACGGAUCUCUGUGGGACCUGUUCUGGUUCUGACUGAAACGGACGUUUUGUUUCCCAAAGCCUCUGAGGUUCUGACCCAGAUCCCAGGUCCGGCUCAGAUGGACUCAGAACCUGGAAUCUGGGAUUCGGACGGGCGGAUUCAGGAUUUAUAAAGAUAAAAACUGAAAGUGCGAAUCGGGUCAGUGUUGGAGAACCCGGUGCCGGACCAGUCAGAUAAAAUCACCAGAACUUCGUGAUCCGGUCGGACCUCUGGAUCCCGGUUCGAUUCAAACAGGAAGUGACGCAGUUUUAGCGCCAGACUAAAAAAAAAACAUUUAGUUACGAAAAUAAAGUUUCUUCAGAUUAUUACAACUUUAAUAAUCUUAGGCUUUAUCCUCAUAAUUAGUGUUUUUUUUUUUGCCUGGUCGCAGUAAUCCGUCGUUUUUGAAACUAUUGCGUAGAUUUUUUUUUUAAUCAAUUUUAUCGCCUGUAGUUCCGACCCCUGACCUCUGACCUCUGACCCCAAUACACAAACAUAGUCACCAAAAUUCCUUUUAGUGAAAUGUUAAUGAAAAAACGUGCAAUGCAGUCAACAAGCAGUAGUGGGCACAUUUCCGCUAAUGUGCUAAUAGUGGAGCUAAUUUCAUUUUUUGGCACUUUUGCUAGUUUUGACACAUUUAGCUUCCCCUCAAUCACAUUUUCCAGAUAAAUUCUAAAGAGCUAAAUCUUCGAUUUAGAAACAUUCAGUUGAAUAAUUUCAACAUCUGUGUGGAAGUUUUGGUUAUCAAAUUCUUCAGCAGUUAGGUGAAGGAGUUCAUGCUUUUAUUUUGAAGUCUGUUUACACAGCAGCUCUAUUUCCUCUCCUAAAGUUCUCCCUAAAAUCGUUUAAGACAAGAAACAUACAGGAACAAAAUGAAACAUGGAUAUAAAAGCAACUUUAAGGGUGUUUUAGAAUAUGUGUGUAAAUUAUAAUGUUGGUGUUUGUAGCCUUUCAAGGGAAGAUAUUUGAAUUGAAAUUAGCACUUUGGUAUUAUCUCAUGCUAAACAACAUGUUAGCACAGCGCAUUAGCUUCUUCUAAGUACUGUGUUGGUGAAACGAUUCAGCAGAACUGAUGAUUAUUAUUAGCAUUUCAGGCUUAGUGCAGAUAGCGUAGCAGUUGGUGGUGCCCACCACUGGUAGCUAGUCGGCGCUUUAUUUUAGCAUCAAGAACAUUUUGGCUAGCACUGUUGGACGCAAUACAAACAUUUCAGCUUUGAGUCGACGCUUCAACUCCCUCAGUCAGGGUGAAUUUAGAGUCAGAGCGCCACCUGGAACGUUAGCAUGAGCUACUUCAAUGUUAGCAUGAGCUACUGCAAUGUAGCUUAUGCUAACAUUGCUAUUGCAAUGUUGCAGUCAACAACGUUAGCAUGCUACGCUCAUAUUCUGGGACUUUUGUCCCAUUCUCAUUUUUUCUAAGUUUCAUGACCUUUUGUCUUUUUUCAUGUCUGUUAAUCAAAUUUGUCUAAUAGGUGAUUUACAAUUUCACAUCUUAAUCUAGAGGGCUUAAAUAUUAUUUCCAAUUAUUGCUAAUAAAAUGUGAUUAAUAUCCUCUGCUGGCCGCUCGGAGUUUUGUCCCGUCUGGUUCCCAUGAAACGCCCAGACAUCCAGAAACCGGAGCGUCGGAGUUUUCCUGAGGCUCAAAAGGAAAGAGAGUGAAAAGUUGAAUCUAAUCAAAGGUACUUGAUGUUGACUUUCUGUAUUUAAAGCAUUAAUUCUGGUGUUGAAGCUUCUGGGUGCGACGAUGAGGUUUGUUAUGUGUUUUAUUCCUUCAGCUGUUUGAUUCAUGACGUCUGUUUGAUUUUAGAUGCAGAGAAAUAAAAAUAACAUUUUAAAUUUAAACGAUUUAGGAGAUUUUGAUGUUUUUACUGUUGAGCUGAAACAUUUCAGAAAGACUGAGCAGCUUCUUCUGGAGACUGAAUUCAGAUUAACGGCACAUUUCUCUGCUGCUGUUACUUUGUGUUGAAUGUUUGGAAUAAAUCGUUUGUCCAGAUAAGAUUAACAAGACAAUAAAAUCAGAUUAAAUCAUA